GUGCAUCAUGCCUAGCUCCCUCCUGAGGGCUGUUGAUGUUUAUGGGAGAGUUUACAGCCUUUCAACAGCGGGCCAGCAGUGGGAACAUUGUCGCGAUGCCCACUUGGAGUUCAAACGUGUCACCGCCAUGCAGCAGUGUUGCUGGGGAAUCGCCUGUGACCACAACAUCUACCUGAACGUCCAUGCAAGCGAUGUUCCCAUUCGCUACCAAGAGGAGACAUAUGAGAACCAGAGGUGGAACCCUGUCGAUGGCUUCUCGGACCGGCUGUUGCCCAGCGAUCGCUGGCAGUGGAGUGAUGCCACAGGUUUGAAUCACCAGCCGCUGAGUGGGUUUCAGUUGCCCUCUGAGAACUGGGAGUGGGAGGCAGACUGGUACGAGGAUGAAAACUUUGGUGGGGAGCUCACAGAGAAAGGGGGAUGGACCUACGCCAUUGACUUUCCAGCUACGUACACGAAAGAUAAAAAGUGGAAUUCUUGCGUGCGACGCUGUAGAUGGAUACGAUACAGAAGGUACAAGUCGCAGGAUGCCUGGGUAAAGAUCCCCUCGGAGCAGACCGGAGCGCUCCCCGACCCGUUCAAUGACAUCAGCUGUGGUGGCUGGGAGAUCACUGAGGAACCCAGAGGCUGUUUGGCACUGUGGGCCGUGUCUCUGCAGGGAAAGGUGUGGUUCAGGAGCGGCAUCCACCAUCAUAAUCCUGAAGGUUCUGUUUGGGAAGAGGUGCCUGUGCCAGGGGAGGUGGUGCAGGUAAGCUGUGGGCCGGGUGACCUAGUGUGGGCCGUCUUGUGGGAGGGUCACCUGCUGGUCAGAGAGGGCAUUGGCAGAGACUGUCUUAAGGGCACAUCAUGGGUCACAGUGGAAUCACCGAAUCCUGGAGUGGGUGCGGUGCAUGUAGCUGUUGGUGUAAAUGUAGUGUGGGCUGUUACUAAAGAUCAUAAGGUCUGGUUUAGACGGGGUGUGAAUUCCCAUAAUCCUUGUGGCUCGGGUUGGAUAGGUAUGGUUGGAGAGAUGGUGAUGAUCAAUGUAGGCCUCAAUGACCAGGUGUGGGCGAUAGGUUUUGAGGACCGGGCGGUGUAUUUCCGUCAGGGCGUGACAGCCAGCGAGCUGAGUGGGAAGGCCUGGAGGGUUGUGUCCGUGUCUAGAGACAGCGAUCGUUCCCAUUCCAGUUCCAGCGCGAACAGUCUUCAGAGCGCUGGCUGUUUCUUUGGUGGUGAGGUGCGUCUGGAGUCUCAAGCUUCUGUGGUAAGUGACAUUGACCCUGAUACUGAGAGAGCAGUGGGUGAAGUUCUUCCCGCCUCUGAGACCGAAGUCACCCCUAAACCACGUAUCCCUAAAGUCACCAGUGACAGCUUCAUCUCAGAGCUGGUGUCCGACCGCGAGGGUCAGAUCGGUCGGCGUGACGUGUCCGCACCAGCAGCCGGUCCGUCUAUCCCUGAGGAGGAAUCUGCGGAAAAGGAAGCGGAGGACAGGGGUUCUCCAGCACAGGUUCUCUCUCCUAGCCAAUCAGGUGGGCUGGACCCUCAGUGGAGCAAUGUGGACCUGGAAGAGGCUCAGACUCAGACUUCAGGAACUGCGGGUGAUACAGCCGAUACCAGCAGUCUGUCUUCUGUAGCUACCUAUAAUUUGGCCCAGGAGGAGCCUUACGGGACUGAUGAGCAUCAAAAAUGGGCCUGGGUCAGUGGAGGAGGAUGUGCGGUCGACAGUCACAUGCAGCUUAACUGGUUUAACUCAUCUGCAUCCACAGCACUGAACUGCUCUAUGCAGGCCAUGUCUCUUUCUAUCACACCCGCACAAACAGCGGCCUGGCGCAAACAGAUUUUCGAGCAGCUCAGCGAACGCUCCAAGAGAGAAAUGGAGAAUUUCACACAUUAUGAGCAGGCCAUUGAACAGUCCGUGUGGGUGAAGAAGGGCAGCAUGCAGUGGUGGCGAGACUGGAAACCUCAUAAGUGGGUGGAUGUUCAGUUUGCGCUGGAGCAGUUCUCAGGAGCGGACGGCAGCAAGGAUGGCAUUCUGUUUAUCUACUACACCUUCAACGAUGAGAAGAAGUAUCUGCACUCAUUCAUCAAUGAAGUGACAAUACUGGUGCCAGUACUCAAUGAAUCCAAGCACACGUUUGCCAUCUACACAGCCGAGAGAACCAAACAGAGGUGGCCCAUCCGUCUGGCUGCGGCAGCAGAGCUGGAGAUGCACGACUGGCUGGCUCUGCUCAGUGUGUCCUGCUGUGACUCCAGAGGUAUACAAGGCCCUCCCUCAAAACAGGCCAUCUGGUCGAUCACCUGUAAAGGUGACAUCUUUGUGAGCGAGCCUACGAAAGAACUAGAAGCAUCUCCCUAUCCAACAGCAUGUGAUCAGAUGUUCUGGCGUCAAGUUGGAGGCCAUUUGCGUAUUAUCGAGUCUAACAGUCUUGGUGUGGUGUGGGGGAUCGGUUACGACCAUACCGCCUGGGUUCAUACUGGAGGCUACGGAGGAGGAUUCUUUCAGGGGUUGGCAAGCAGCACAGAUAACAUCUACACACAGACGGAUGUGAAGAGUGUUUAUAUAUAUGAAAACCAGCGCUGGAACCCCGUCACUGGUUACACUAACAGGGGUCUCCCUACUGAUCGGUACAUGUGGAGUGAUGCCUCAGGUCUGAAGGAGUGCACCAAAACUAAUACUAAACCACCCUCCCCAAACUGGACAUGGGUGUCAGACUGGACUAUUGACUAUGCUGUGGCAGUAGGAACAGACAGAGAGGGCUGGCAGUAUGCAGCGGACUUUCCUGCGUCAUACCAUGGAAACAAAACAUUAAAGGACUUUGUCCGGCGCAGGCGUUGGGCCAGAAAGUGUAAACUCACAACAACCGGCCCUUGGCAGGAGGUUCCGCCUAUACCUCUGAGUGACGUAACAGUCCUGCCGUGCGGGCCAAAGAACACAGUAGAACAGGUGCCACUCUGGGCCAUCAGUAACAAAGGGGAUGUCCUGUGUCGCCUGGGUGUCACCUCACUGACCCCUGCAGGGUCGUCAUGGUUACACGUAGGAACUGACCAGCCUUUCAAGUCCAUUUCUAUAGGUGCUGUCCAUCAGGUUUGGGCCAUCGCUAAAGAUGGCUCGGCAUUCUAUAGGGGCUCUGUAUCGGCCGAGAACCCAGCAGGAGAUUGCUGGUACCACAUCCCCUCUCCGGCCGGACAGAAGCUUAAACAGGUGUCAGUGGGCAGAACGUCAGUUUACACUGUGGAUGAAAAUGGUAACCUGUGGUACAGACAGGGUGUGACCCCCAGUUACCCUCAGGGCUCAUCUUGGGAGCACAUCUCUAAUAACGUGCGAAAAGUAUCAGUGGGACCUCUGGACCAGGUGUGGGUCAUUGCAGAUAAAGUGCAGGGUAGCCACAGUCUCAGCUGUGGAACUGUAUGUCGCCGGCUGGGGGUGCUGCCUACAGAACCCAAAGGUCACUCGUGGGACUAUGGCAUUGGGGGUGGAUGGGAUCACAUAACGGUAAGGGGGAAUGCCAUGGAAGCCCCUCGCAUCAAGAUGCCACCCUUAACUGACAACAGCAGCCACCAAACAUCAGGCCGCGGUCCACUGCAAGCCCGUAACCAGCCUGAGAUGAAUGGAAACCCAGUAGGAUGUUAGUCAAGCACCCCCAGCGUCUCUCACUAACCAUCUCUAAUGUAGCCAUAUUCACUUCUCUUCUGUAGAACAUAGAGUUCAGUUCAAGCUCCUGUGUGCAGAUGACUCUGUGUUUUUAUUCAACCCUUUUCAUCACAUCCUCUUGUUGGUCUGUGUCUUCCUGUUAGCUUUACAAACAUUUGUUUCAAGUGCUUUCGUGGAUAACGCGGUCACUUCCAGUACUGCUCUCUCUUUUAUUCCAGUCGUUUGUGUUUUUACACUUUUGGAUAGGCUCUUAAUUUAAUGGUUAUUUAUUUGUUUGUGGUCAUACCAUUUUGCUUUUCGCAAUUCUUAAAUGUAAUUUAGGGGCAUUGAAUACAAAAGGCACAAUGUGAGCAACAGAAAACAUUCAACACACAUUUUAUAUUGAACAUUACAAACAAAGCUAUCAAUUCAAACACCUACUUCUGAAAUUUAUUUUCAGUUUGGAUGCGAUGUCAUUAAACGUGAGUUACGGGGUAGAAAAAAAUACAGUAUAUUAUAUAGCAGUGGUAUGAAGCCCGGUACAUGCCACGCAAAAAGAAAGAAUUAUAUGGUAGCCAUGAAUUAAGGAUUCGUUCCCACAAUUAAUUACUACUUAUGCAUGUUUUGAUAAUUCUCGUUUUAUUAAUUUGCUCUCUAGUUUGAGAAAUCGGGCUCACGUUUUAAUAUCUCCUAACUGCAAUUUAAUAAACUCAUCACUGCUUAAUAAUAAAAGAUGUAGCUGCUGUUAUGGACCAUAAAUCUUUGGUGAUGUUUGCAAAUCAUGAGCUUUAAACAGGCUGGACUGUGACGGGGAACCUACAAAAAGGAUGCAAAAACAUUCUAAAACAUGGACACAAUUUACCCUAAACAAGGAAACUAAUUUGUAAAACAUGCUUAUGUAUUAAUAAAUCAUUGAUUAAAUUCUUAUUUGCGGCCACAAUAUAGAGUUUUUCUCAUGUCAUGUGCGGGGCUCCGUAAAGUGGCAUAUAUUGUGGCAUAAUUUAGUGGCCAAGACAUCAAAAAGAGCUAAAACUGUCACUUCUGUUAUCUGCUUAUAUCAGAUUAAUAGAUUGUUUAACAUUUUUACUCAAAGGUGAAAUGGCAAUGUGGUACUAUGUAAAAGGAGGAAACGUUUGUUUUUUGGAGUUAGCAAAAAAGUGCAAUAUUUAAUUUUGAACUUGACAAUGUUAUGAAACAUUUCUUUUCUCAGGAUGACAUGACAUUUCUUUCCAUUCACACAUAACAAUGGUAUAAUUCUGUUUAAAGGCAGCAGCACAAAUUUCAGAGAGUAACAGUAUUUAUACUAAAACUUUGAUUGUUUUUAUCUUUCCUAUUCUAGUAAGUUAUGUUGUAAAUGUGGCUGUAUAAAUUUGAAUUAUUUAUGUUAUACCAUUGGAUGUUGUUAUUUAAGGGCCUAAUGUGAAUAAAUUGUGGGCAUUAUUUAAGGUCACUGCUGUACAUAAAGAAAAGCUUUAUAUUACAUAUAUGCAGGAGAGAGUUAGAGAGAGAGAGAGUUGACAGCAUCUAGACACAUUGUCUCUCCACAGGUCUGUGAACUUGAAAAUGAAAUCGAUAUAAUAGUUUUAACUUAUUUAGUGUAGACAGAUAGGCUCGGUGAAAAUGCUACUGUAAGAAAACAACAGUAAAGUGAAUCUCAGAGCACUUUAGCUUUCAGUGUCAUUGUGCAUGGUUUGUGUCAACAAUAAAUAUAAAAUCUACUCCACAACUCUG